UGACGCACAUAAAUUUUCAAAUGCUUUAACCAAAAAGAGAAGAACGAUAAGAAUUCGAAAACAUUGGUCUAUGGAAGCAGCGAUAACUUCUAGAAUUGCAUUCAAAAAUAUUACUCAGACUUGUGCUAUUAUUCUCGGACGACAAAACUAUUGCGAGGAAUGUACUUUGUAAAAUGAAGCCAACUGCUAAAGUGACAUUAUGGAUAACGUGCUUUUUAUACAUUGCCGUGCCGAUAGAAACUGCCAGGAUUUUAGCGAUUAUUGCAGUACCAUCCUAUAGUCAUCAAAUUCCUUAUCAGCCAUUAUGGACGACUCUGAGUCGAAAAGGACACGAAGUUGUCGUGUUAACAACGGAUCCGAUCGAUAAUCCCAGUUUGACCAAUUUGACAGAAAUCAACUUUCAACAAAACUACAAACUAAUGAGACAAUGCACUUUCGUGAAAAACAGAGAGAACCAGACUUCGUGGAUAAGAACACUGCACGAACAAUUGUGGAAUAUGGGUCGAUUAAUAGCAGAAAAUAUUUAUAAGCAUCCGGAAGUACGUAAGAUGUAUGCACCAGAUAGUGGCGAAAAAUUUGAUGUAGUAAUCGUAGAAACUAUAGUAACACCCGCUUUGUAUGCCUUGGCGCAUAGAUUUAAUGCACCUCUUAUAGGUGUAUCAACAUUUGGAUUGUAUAAUAAUAAUUAUUACCUACUCGGUGCACCUGUUCUGCCAUCACAUCCUUCGGCUUGGGAAAUGGAAGAUGACACCGGUUUUAAUCUACCAUUGUGGAGAAGAAUAAAGAAUUUUAUUCGUCAAUGGCAUCAUAUGUAUUUGACAUUAAAUUAUUUUUACCCUGAACAGCAAGCGAUAGCAGAAAAAUAUCUCGGAAAAGAUAUACCGGACAUAAGUGAUAUGGAAAGAAAUAUAAGUUUUGUUUUUCAUAAUCAACAAGAAGUCCUUUCGUUUGUUAGACCGACAACGUCUAAUGUUUUUACAUUUGGAAAUUUUCAUAUUUCAAAAAAACCUGCGGCUUUACCGAAAGAUUUGAAAGAUUUUAUAACAGAUGCACCGAAUGGAUUUAUCUAUGUGAGUCUAGGCACAAAUGUCGCAAUAUCAUUAUUAUCCGAGAAUGUGCAAAACGUAUUUCGAGAUGUAUUCACAAAUUUGCCAUACAAAGUUGUAUGGAAACGUGACAGCGAAUUAUCAAAUAAACCUGACAAUAUCUAUACUGCUGAAUGGUUUCCUCAACAAAGCAUUCUUGCUCAUCCAAACAUAAAACUAUUCAUAUAUCAAGGUGGACUUCAAAGCACAGAAGAAGCUGUAUAUUAUACGGUACCGCUCAUAGGAUUACCAGUACUAGCGGAUCAGAUAACUCAAGUUAACAAAAUGGUAUCUUUAGGAGUUGCAAAACGUUUAGAUCUUACAGACUUGUCGAAAGAAAGUCUGAACGCAACUAUAAGAGAAAUUUUGAACGAUAAAAGAUAUAGAAAAAGAAUGCUCAAAAUUAAAACAAUAAAUGAAGAUAGACCUUACGAUCUUUUGGAACAUAUGAUUUGGUGGAUUGAAUAUGUGAUUCGUCACAAGGGUGCUUCUCAUCUUCGUACCAGUAUUGGUCAUGAUCCUUGGUAUCAAAAACACGAAAUGGACGUUAUAGCAAUUUUGUCAAUUGUCAUAUUUGUAACGUUACUUUGCACUCUAAUAAUUAUUUAUAAAUUGUUAAAAAUAAUAUUUAAUUUUGUAAAAGUAUCAAUAGUAGAUAUUAACAAAAAGAUUAAUUAAUUCUUGAUAUGCAUAAUAUUAUGAUUAUUAAUUAUAUUGACGAGAAAAUUAAAAUAACAAAAAAUUGCUUAAUGUUAAUAUUUUAUUUAUAUAACUAAAUACGAGAGAAUUAAAUGUAGAAUUUUGGAUAAGAAAUCCAAUUAUGUUAAAAAUAAUCCAUAAACUUCACGAAAAAAUAUUCAAAAAUGCGGAAAACCUAUAAAUUAUUAUUUAUCGUUCACUACAUGAGUAAUGCGUAAUUGCCGCAAUCGGAUCGCGCAGUUUUAAAUGUAUGCCACUGUUAUCAAUAAUUGUUCGUUGAAAUGUAAUUCAUGCCUGCUAAAUAAUUAUAUUGUCGUAGUGGAAAGUCCGUGCCUGUCUGAUUGUCGUGUAAUAAUGCAUAGGACAGUUAUAAUGGAAGCAAUGUAAAUGCAUAAUUAAAGAUAGUGGGUUAUAAUAAAUUUUUUAAU